CAAAAUAAAUAAACAGCCCCUCCUUUAUCUUUCCAUCUCUCCUCUUUCUCUCUUUCUCUUUCUCUUUCUCUUUCUCUGCAACUCCCCUUAUUGAUGUGAUUCUCCACCAUAUCUCUAAAAACCCAUCAACCUUUACAAAAGAGAAAGAUCGAGAACCAUGGUUUUCUCAUCCGUUCCGGUUUAUCUAGAUCCACCCAACUGGCAACAGCAAGCAAAUCAUCAACCAGGAGGGAGCAAUGACAAUCCCCAUCUUCCACCGCAGCAGGCGCCCCCGCCGCUGCCUCCAGUUGGCGGAGGAGGCAGUGGCGGUACUGGCACGAUCAGGCCUGGUUCAAUGGCCGAUCGGGCUCGGCUAGCUAAGUUGCCACAGCCGGAGACGGCACUGAAAUGUCCUCGAUGCGAAUCUACCAAUACUAAGUUUUGCUACUUCAAUAAUUAUAGCCUCUCUCAGCCUCGUCACUUUUGCAAGGCGUGUCGGCGCUACUGGACUAGAGGAGGUGCACUGAGGAACGUGCCUGUAGGGGGAGGUUGUCGGAGGAAUAAGAGAAGCAAAGGCAAUAGAUCAAAGUCUCCAGUCACUGGCGAGCGUCAGGGUGGUUCCAGCUCCGCCAGUGCAGUUCCUUCCAAUAGCUGCACGUCUGAUAUGAUAGGCCAUUUGCCCCCGCCACCACCACCACCCCAAUUAUCCUUUUUGCCCCCUUUGCAUCACCUUGCUGACUACGGGGCCGGGGACAUUGGCUUAAAUUUCGGUGGAAUUCAUCCACCUGUGGCAGUAUCGGGUGGCGGUAACAGCGGAACUGAUAUAGAAUUCCCGAUUGGUAGCUGUUCAGGUGGUGGUGGGCCAAUUUUAUCAGGUGGGCUUGCCGAGCAGUGGAGACUGCAGCAAGUGCAGCAGUUCCCUUUCUUGGCUGGAUUGGAGCCACCUUCUGGGUUAUAUCCAUUUGAGAGUGAAGGUACUGAGCCACCGAGUUACCUAGGGGGAUCGGGCCAUCUUCGAGCUAAGGCCUUGGAUUCUGGAGUUACUCAGAUGACCGCGGUGAAGAUAGAAGAAAAUCAAGGGUUGAAUUUAUCAAGGAAUUUUUUGGGUCUUCCAGGAAAUGAUCAGUACUGGAGCGGCAAUACAUGGAAUGAUCUCUCUGGUUUCAAUUCUUCUACCACCAGUCAUCUCUUAUGAUUUUAAUCUCUCUUCAUCUCCAUAAACCCUACCCAAUCUUCCUUUUUUUUUUUUUUUUUUCUUCGUUUAAUUACUACAGGUUCUGUUAAAGCGAAAUCAGCUCAAAGAUAAAAGACUUUCAGUCGACUAUCCUAACUUGCGAGUUACUUCCAACCCAAUUAAGAGUCCAAGAGGGUGAAAUGGAGAGGAUGGAUCAAUGAAGUUGUCUCUUCAAGAUGUGGCAGAAAACUUAGAAAUGGUAGGCUUUAGUUCAUUAUCAUUUAUUUCUUUUUGUUUAUCUCUUUUCUUGUAUUCUAUGGUAUGUUUACAGAAGUAGGUGUAUGUGUUCGUGAAGUUCAGUAUCUAACAUGAAGUGCUAAAUUGUUGUAAUUGAUCAAAUGCACUGUACUUGUUGAGUUUGAUUCAAGUGGGUCUAUGUGAAUGUGUUUAGUCA